AUGGUUUUGACUGCUGAACAAAAAGCAAAAAUUGAAGCCAAUAGACAGCGUGCAUUACAAAGGCUUAAAGAAAGGGGACUAGUACCAAGAGCAAAAUUAAAAAAAUUGGAAUCAAGGAUUAACCAAAAUAAUAAUAAGAAUUUAUCAACACAAAUUACAGUUGUGAAUAGCUCAAAUAAUGAUAUCAUCAGUAAUAAUACUACAAAAGAUACCCUAAAUAAAAGUAUACCAUCAAAUGAUAAUAACACCGUCGUGCCUGAGCUUAGCAAACGGGAUGCAUCUGGUAAAGCCGAAUUGAAAUAUAUAAGGCCAACUGUUAGAAGAAAAGACUUUAUAGAAUAUGAUUUUUCAACAAUGGAAAAUAGCUAUGGUGGAUUUAUUAAUAAUGACCAGUUAUCAGAGAGGGAUUCUUUGCUUGAAAAUCAAGAAAAAACAUUUGACGAUUGGAAACGUGAACAGGCUGAAAAAUCACGUUUGAAAUUUGGUAAAGAUGAUGAUGAAACAUUUGUUGUAGAAAAUACCGAUAAUAUUCAGAAUCUAGGUGGUGAAAUCAUUGAUUUGAAAAAUUUACCUACAUGUGAAGAAUGUCAUAAAAAUCAUGAGUUUGAUAAAAUUCUAUUCAAAUACUUUAAUAGAAAAAUAUGCAAAAAAUGCGUUUUGGAGCAUCCACAAAAAUACUCUUUGUUAACGAAGACAGAAUGUAAACAAGAUUAUUUAUUAACAGAUCCUGAACUAAAUGAUGAGAAUUUGUUUCAUAGAAUAGAAAAAGCCAAUCCCCAUAGUGGUACAUUUGCCAGGAUGCAACUUUUUUUAAGGUGUGAAGUGGAAAAGUUUAGCUUUAACAAGUGGGGUGGGGAGGAAGGUUUGGACCAAGAAUGGCAGGAUAGAGAAGUUAAUAAAAUGGAAAGGAAAGAGAAAAAAUUUCAGCUGAAUUUAAAGAAAAUGAGAAAAAAAAUUAGAGCUCAGGAAUAUACUUCUCUUUUACAAAAAAAUAAGUUUGGCGAAAAACAUAUACACGAGUUCAGUGCACCUUUAGAAACAAAUAAAGUUAAUGAUGAAGGGCUAGCUAUGGUUAUACGAAGAUGUAAUGGAUGCGGUUUAGAAGUAGAAGAAAUUAAAUUUUAA